AUGACUCAAAAAGGUUUCUACCCUCACAAUGGUAAAUGGGAUACAAUGCUUAUAUCUGAAGCCGUUGAAGCAGCGGGUGGUGAUUCAUCGGGAUGGGUUGUUCCUGACUGGACCCCAGAGCUGGACACUGCAGUCAACAAAAGGUUCGGCAUCACCACCGCGAUACUGUCGCUCACAGCGCCGGGUGCCUGUAUCGUCAAAGACCCACAGGCAUCAGCCGAGCUUUCCCGCAAGACAAAUGAGUAUGCGGCCAAGUUACGGGACGAAAGGCCCAAUGCAUACGGCUUCUUUGCAGCGUUGCCCAAUAUUCUGAACAAGGAGUACGCGCUGAAGGAGAUUGUCUACGUUUAUGAUGUCCUCAUGGCGGAUGGGGUGACGCUGUUCACCCGCUAUGGCGAAGAUAACCACUAUCUGGGCCACCCAGAUUUCCAAGAUAUCUGGGCGGAGCUGAACAGGCGCACGGCAGUCCGCAACAAUCCGAACUGCAAGAUCAUUCUGUCGCAUGCAGGAGGCGCGCUCCCUUAUCUGAUUAGUCGUCCGGCAUGCACUCAGCCCCCGGAAGAGCUCGAUGCAUUCUGGGAUGAUGCGCGGAACUUCUAUUUUGACACUGCGCUAUCUGGCACGGAGGACGUUCUCCACACCCUGGAAAGGUUUGCCAAGCCAGGCCAUAUACUGUAUGGAAGCGAUGACCCAUACGCCAACGUCGAUAUCAUCAAUUUCCAUACGUCUCGGCUGGAGCGCUAUCCGUUCGAAAACCCGAACCUGCCGGCAGAGAUCAAUCGUGGCAAUGCGCUUACAUUGUUUCGUAAACUGAAGUAA